CUAGGCCAGCGCUCGUCGGUUGACGAAUCGAGAUCCGAUGGCCCAGAGGACGAGACGACAGUCGUAGAGCCGGAGCAGGGAAAUGUGCUCUCACAUAUCAUCUCGCAGCUACGGCCAGGCGCCGACCUGAGCCGGGUCGUGCUGCCGACCUUCAUCUUGGAGCCGCGGAGCAUGUUGGAGAGGAUUACCAACUUUAUGGCCCAUCCGGAGACGCUGCUCCCAAUGCCCGAGAUUGACGAUCCGGUAAAGCGGUUUGUGUCGGUGGUGAAGUUCUACCUCAGUGGAUGGCAUCUCAAACCACCGGGAGUCAAGAAGCCUCUCAAUCCCAUCCUUGGCGAGAUAUUUACUUGCUACUGGGAAUUCCCAGACCACACCAAAGGCUACUAUAUUUCCGAACAAACGUCACAUCACCCUCCCAAAUCCAGCUACUUCUACAUGGCCCCCGAGCACCACAUCCGCAUCGAUGGUACCCUGAAGCCCCGAAGCAAGUUCCUCGGUAACUCAGCUGCCAGUAUGAUGGAAGGCAUUGCCAUCCUGCGGCUUACGAACAGAGGACGUUCACCAAAGGGGGAGAGAUAUAUCCUCACACAGCCAAACAUGUAUGCUCGGGGCAUCCUGUUCGGGAAGAUGAAAUACGAGCUUGGCGACCAUAGUUUUGUACGAUGUCCAGAGUUGGGGCUGACCGCAGAUAUCGAGUUUAAAACCAAGGGAUACUUUGGCGGAACAUACAACGCUAUUGGGGGCACAAUCAAGAAUGAUAAGACGGGCGAGACCCUCUUUGAGUUGUCUGGAAACUGGACCGGAGAAAUGAUGAUCAAGGAUAUGAAGACUGGGAAGAAGGAUUUGCUUUUCAACGCCACGAGGGCAAAGCACUCUCCUCCACUGUCAAGGCCGCUGGAGGAACAGGACGAGCGCGAAUCUCAGAGGCUAUGGUACAAGACAGCACAGGCUGUAAAGGCACGAGACCAUGAGCUAGCAACCGACGAGAAGACUAAGAUAGAGGAUAGGCAACGAGACGAGGCAGCCAAGAGAGCAGAGAAUGGUGUUGAAUGGCGCCCAAAGCUGUUCAGACCAGUCGAAGCAGGCCCAGGUGGCCGGGACGAGGGUGAUGAAGGCCUUGACUGGGUCUUGAAUGCCGCCAUUGAUGGGCGUACGCCCCAGGAACAAACAGAGCAGAUUCUGGCAGUGGCGCCUAUUCUCCCCGGGCAGAAGGCGGGCGGGAAGAACCCAGCACCAGCCCAAAGUCCUUCAGCAGGUGCCGCUGCCGCCACUCAGAAAAACGACCUUAUAGACUUUGGCCAGAACGAGGGAUCCCUGAUACCUGCGGACCUUAAAGCUGCACAGACAGAAAACGACGGGCAGAAGCAGAAGGAUCUGGAGAACACACUCAAAUCUACGAGCACAUCAUCAAAAGAGGGCCCGUUGAUCGAUUUCCAACAGGACCUGAAGGCAAACCUCCCCGAGGCCGAGCAACACCGGUUGAAACGACAAGAUACCGACACGAACAGCCUGGAUGAGUUCGUUGAUGCGCAGAGUUAA